ACUUAUCGCCACAGCAUUUGUGAUGAGGGCUCUAGUUUUCUUGCUCAAUUUAUCAGCAGUGGUGCUAGCUGGUCAUGUCCAGCGCUCGUCGCGGAAGGAGGCUGAUUCUCUACUAAUAAAAAACAUCCCCAGGGCAACUGGCUUGACUUGUGACACCAAUGCCGAGGUGGAGCUUGUUAAUGGCUCUGCCGUUUUCCCUGAUCGAUCUGCAACUGUUAAUGAAGGCAAAAUAUCGUCAACAUUUGGGUAUCGCAGCGUUCUAUAUGUUACGAACUGGAGCAUAUAUGCAGUCAAGUUUAUAUCCAGUCAAGUUCCCGUAGAUUCCAUCACUCAUAUCCAAUAUGCUUUUGCAGAUAUUCUUGAAAACGGGACUGUCAUUUCAUCUGACCCUUUCGCAGACACCCAAAAAGUCUUUGACGACUACACCCCUGAUAACCUUUUUGUUACAUGCAAGGAGAAUAACGAAGAGCAAGCCCAUGGCCUUGUGGAACAGCUUUAUAUGAUGAAGCAAAAGAAUCGCAAUUUGAAGGUUCUCCUAGCAGUCGGGGGCUACGGGUGGUCACAAAAGUUCGGACCCGUGGCCUCCGAUUCUGUCAAGCGGGCGGCUUUCGUUUCAUCCGCAGUCGAACUCAUGGGAAAUUGGGGAAUGGAUGGAAUUGAAAUCGACUGGGAGUACCCAAACGACAAAGCUUCCAACACAGAUUGCGUAAAGCUGUUGACUGAUUUGCGCAAGGGCCUUGACGACUAUGCUGCCCGGAACGCGCCCGGCUACCGCUUCUUACUUAGUUUUGCCGGACCUGCAGGCCCCAAAAACUACGCUGCAUUCAACUUCACUGCGAUGGAUACUCAAAUAGACUUCUGGUCCAUUAUGGGCUAUGACUUUGCUGGCACGUGGGACACCUCAACGGGGCAUCAAGCCAACGUGUACCCGGCAUCGUCAGUUCCUUUAAGUAUAAAGGCUAGUCUUGACAUUGCGGUAACAGACUAUAUGAAACAAGGGAUACCAUCAGGGAAGGUAGUGAUCGGCCUGCCCUUAUAUGGACGGUCAUUUGAUAAAACAAGUGGGCUUGGCGAGCCUUACAUCGCUUCGAUCAACGGCUCUUUCGAGGCGGGUGUCUGGUUUUAUAAAGAUUUGCCUCUCCCUGGGGCCACGGUCUAUUAUGAUAAUCUGGCAAAAGCAGCGUAUAGCUUUGAUAAAUCAACUGGUCAGCUUAUAUCGUACGAUAACAUCCAAUCAGCUCAAGAAAAAUCACAUUAUCUAACAGAAAAGCAACUGGGGGGAGUUAUGUUCUGGGAAGCUUCACAAGAUAAAGCUGGUGCUGAUAGUAUUGUCGUGAAUAUGGCUAGAUGGCUCGAAAAACUUGAAAGUUCCGAAAAUCUUCUGUCCUACCCUGCUUCAAGGUACACCAACAUCCGUAACAAUACGGGAAAUAAGUGA